UCUCCAGAAGCCUUUGGCUACCUCCAGGAGACCGGGUCGUCCCCCUCGCCUUUUGAGAUGCCAGACGCUAAUGGAGGGUUGGAUCAUGGCGAGAUCUUUUCGGAUGGGCCAUCGCUACCCCCGCUUAACGAGAUGCAGCCUGAGGAAGGAUUUAUUAUACGGAAUGGCGCCGAGAAGAGUGCAGAGAAGCAUUGCAUUAUGUUGAUGAGCUGCAUCGAGCUGGGAUAGCCACUAGUGAAUUUCCUUAGUGGUUACCUGAGAGUGACUGAUGCUAUCUUCUAAGAGGAUAAAGCCAGAUGUAGGCUCAACAUAUCAAAAAUCAUGGCUUUAUCCUCCCUCUUCUUCAAAGUUUGUGAUAGAGGAAUGUGUGACUCCAAAUCAUCCCUUAUUCAAGUAAUUAUCCAUGGCAGCGUAGAGUUUUUGGUAGAAAUUAGUAGCACAGAGCUUUAUAGAGGGAACUAUAACAGUACUUUCUCCAUAUUACAUGUUUAAGUUUUUGAAGAAGACUAAGAAGAACGGCUGGAUGUCCUUGGGAGGAAUUCUGCUGUGCAUAACAGGGGCGGCGGACCCUUCUAUUUGGGCAGAAGUUUGGGAGUUCCUUCUAGGAUGCUAUGCUUUAAGCACGACUACGUACAGAGUACAAGAAGUAGCUAAGGGUGGCUCGGAGGAAGGACACAAGCCUCACAAUAUCAUUAGUCCACAUUUGAAUGUCAAGGGAGGAACCCUCAUGAGAAAUGCAAGCAAUGGGAACACUAGUAUUUUGAUAAAUGGUUGUGAGAUAACAAACGUGGAGCGGAAAAUGCUUAAGUGGGUGGGGGUUCAAAUUGCUGGGAAUCGUCACUUUUGGGUGAAUGUUGAUGGAACAUAUCAGGAGGGCCAAAAGAAUAUUAAAGGGUGAAUAUGGGGAAAGGUAGUCCUAUAGUUUCUGUUUCUUUUAUACUUGUGUGUGUGUCUUUAUGCAGUGAGUGGAAUUUAUUACCUUAUGAUUGUUGUGUCUCUUUGUGCAAUGAGUGAAAUUCAUUACCUUAGGAUUGGUAAAUUGGCAGCCUAGAAUGAAGCUGAUAUGCUCUUUUCUAUCAUUACCAAUUCCCAGUAAACCAAUUGAUUCUUCUGUUAAAGAUGCAAACAAGAUAUUUGAUAGACUUGUACCAGACUAUCUUGAACAAAGAGCUCUGCAAAAGCUUCUUUUAGUUGGAUACCAUGGAUCGGGAACAAGUACUAUAUUUAAACAGGUAUUACAUCAGAUGUAAACUUCAUUGCAUAAUGGGUUCUGGCAAGCUAAUGGUUGCGAACAUAUUUGCAUACAAUUUCCAUUAUUUAAAUAUUUGAAUGUAUCUGUAUGCUUCAUGGUCUAAUGGCUUAUGUACCAUGUAGUUUCCAUAUCUUUAUAGUUUGUUGGCUCACCAGUGCAGGUGAUCUUUUUUUUC